AUGCAGUAAUGGAAAGUUAGAGGUGGUCAAAUAUUUAAUGGAAGAUAAACAUAAUAUUGAUGUUAAUGCUAAAGAUUCAAAAUAUGGAUCAACGCCACUUGAUUUAGCAGCAGCAUACGGCACUGUGGAUGUUGUUAAAUACAUGAUUGAAGAAAAGAAUUGCUAUGAUCCAGCAAACUAUGGCUCAAACACACCACUACAUCAUGCUGCACUCAGAGGAAACCUGCCAGUAGUUCAAUAUCUUGUUGACACCAGAGGUUUUGAUGUAAAUAGUAAAGGUUGGCAUGAUAGGACUCCACUGCAUUUUGCAUGUCAAGGAGGACAUCUGGAUGUAGUCAAGUAUCUGAUAGAGGAAAGUAAAAUGGAAAUGCUUGAAAUGGUUGCAGAUAAAAAUGGUUUAACUCCUCUUGAUUUAGCUGCUGAAUAUGGAACCUUGGAUGUUGUUCAGUACAUGGUUGAUAAGAGAAAUUGUGAAAUGCAAUAUUCAAGCGAGAAAGGAUACACACCACUUCACUGUGCUGCCCGCGGUGGAAAAUUGGACAUUGUUAAAUAUCUUAUUGAGAAGAAAGGUUUCGUCCCAAACUGUAAUGGGCAUUUAAACAGAACUCCACUUCACUCAGCAUGUUCCCGGAGCAAAUAUGAUGUAGUGGAGUACCUCAUAGUUAAAUGUGGUGUCACGUCAUCUAGGGAUAAGGAUGGUAGCACGCCUCUCCAUGCUGCCGUAAAAAAUAAAACUUGUGAAAGGUCCGUUGUUGAAUUGUUAAUCACUGAAUUUGAUGGUGAACUUGAAGCUGAAGACUUGUUUCGGAGAGAUGCAGCAAGUAUGGCAAAAGAUAAAGAGAUCUCAACUCACCUACAAAAGGCCAAACAGCUUUGCCACAAUGAAUUACGCAAUAAUCUAAAAGAGCGUUUGAAAGUCACAAAAGCCAUACGAACAGGAACAGUUAUAUCCGAAGGGGCAUUCAGUUCCAUCAUUGAGUUAAAAAUCUAUGCAACUACUGGGGAGAGAGUGGCAGGCAAGGUUCUCAAAGAAUAUCCCUCAGACAUCACUCAAUUGGAAACCACACUCGAAGCAGUAACUCGAAAUGCUAAAAUUAUUACAACACUUUCUCACGAGAAUGUUGUUGGGAUAAAAGGAGUAAGUUUUCUAACGGACAGAAUUCUGCCCGUUGUUCUAAUGGAAAGAAUGAUGAGUAGCCUCCAAUCGUAUCUCCAGCAUCAUCCAUACUCUCUUUCAGUGAAUAAAAGAAUUGGAAUUUUAAGAGAUGUAGCUUGUGGAUUGCAGUAUCUUCACAGCCUCAACCCUCCAUACGUUCAUGGGCACCUCACAGCAGAGAAUAUCCUAGUGAACCAGAGGUUAAAAGCCAAGAUUGGAGGGUUUUCCAUAAUAUCUAACUAUCGGCGACAUCUAGAUACGACAUACAUGCCCCCAGCGACUGAGGGAGGGGAUAGACCAUCAGAUCCAAGUCUGGAUGUUUUCUCAUUUGGACAUUUAGCUCUUGUCACUAUACUUCAAGAAAAAGUGGAACCACUUCUUCUUUCUUACUACCUCAAUGAGUCUGGGGAGGCGAGUAUUCGACAGGAAGUUCACAGAACUACUUUUAUGAAAAAAGCUGAGGAAAUAUUGUCUGAAAAUAAUUCUGUGUUCGAGCUUAUCAAAGUUUGCCUUUCCAAUGUCCCAAGUGAACGACCCUCUGCUAGUAAACUGCUUCAAGAAAUAGAUAGUUGUGAGGGUAAAUCAGGUGAUGAAGAUUUCACUGAAGAUGCAGCUGCCGAUGAAGGUGGCAUUCCUUCUAAAGCGAUAGAUUCUCAUGAGAAAAUGAGCAUUGAAAAAGCCGAAUCUAUCGUUCAAGAAAUGCUACAAAAGGAAGGUGAAUUUAGGCAAAAGAAUAUGGUGGUAGUCCUUACAGGCCUGAUGGAGGCUGGUAAAACCACACUUCUGUGUAAAAUAUUGAAGGAACCUCUUCCAGAUAAGUACUCAAGCACAGGAGCAGCAGAAAGAGCAGUAAGAUACCAUAUUGUUGACAUGAAAGAUUUAAAACUUCUUAAGAAUCCUGAAGACAUGUUUGAACUGGUGACUAUGGUAAAGAAAGAGACAACUAAAAAAAGUACUACCAAGGAAGAAUUAAAAGACUCAACUGCAGCACCAGUUACAAAGAGAGUAGAAGAAAGUAUAGCAAAUCUGGCACACGAGGAAGCAUCAAGUGUCAAUGUGAUUGGACAUGAGACAACUGAGCCAGUAGCAGGAAGUAAUGAAAUUAUAACGACAUAUAAUGCAGGAAGUGACAGUACAUUGAGCAAUAAAUCACCCAGCCUCAGAGAAUAUGUCGAUAUGGUCCGUAAGAAUCCAAAUGAAUACUAUGGUGAAUUGGAGCUGCUACAUAUGAUUGAUACAGGUGGACAACCAGAAUGUCUUGCAGUGAUGCCUACCUUGAUCCACCAUGCAGAUCUUAUACUCCUAGUUAUUGACCUAUCGCGCCCUCUAGAUGACUGCAUCACACCUACGUACCAUGAAAAUGGCCACAAGUUUGAGAAAGGGCCUUUAAUAACAACUAAUAAGGAAAUUAUUAAGCAACUGGCUCAUACAAUGGCAGGUAGGAGUAACUCAAAAAUCCUAGUUGUUGCCACUCAUACGGACAAAGUUCCUAAAAAUGAUUUGACGAAAGUACUAGACGAUUUGAAUGAUAUUGUAGCAGAAUAUCUCCCUUCUGAAUCACUUAUGGCCAACAAGGAGCAGGCUGUGUUUGAUAUUAACUUACUUGAUCCUGACGAGACACUAGACACCAUACGUGAGACUAUCAUUGAUGUUAAGGUUAAGCCAAUUGAUAUUCCCCCAUCUUUUGUGUUGCUUGAAAAUGACAUGCAACACUUUUACGUCAGCAACAGAAAGGUAGAAGUGUUAGAAUUCAAAGAAUGCAUUGAAAUUGGUAAAAAUCUACACAUGACAGAGGAAAUUAUUGAAGCAGCUCUAACUUACUUUCAUAAAAACAAUGUUCUUUUGUUCUUUAAGGAAAUUGGUCCAGGGCUUAUUUUUGUGGAUCCAAAAAUUCUGAUUUCUUUUUUUGACAAUCUAAUCAAAUUUUCUUACGCAAUAACUGAAGGAGAAAGCAUAAUAUGUCCAGCACUGACCAUAUACCAGGUAGACGCCCUCAGAAGAGGAAUGCUCUCAGAAGAUCUUUUUGAACACAAGGUUCUGACUGAAAACUUUGUUCCUGGCCUCUUUGAAGCUAAGCAUGCAUUGAAAUAUUCAAACAGUUUUAUAUUAUAGCAGAGGGAAGACUGGACCAUACAUCAGUUAACUACAUAAUGAUGUGUUUGCUUUGCCCUUUACGAGAACAAGAGUUUGAAAGCAAAAAGAAACUCAUUAAAGAAUCUACAAGAGUCAAGCCUCUUUUUAUAGAGUUCGGAAAAGAAGUUCUCCACUGAACUGG